AUGUCAUCCUUAAUUUCCAAUAGAAAGAGACCAAGAGGUUUCAGUGAAACCUUUGAAGCGGCAGCAGCAGCCAAGUCACACAUGAAUGGAUCUUCAACUACAACAGCAACGACAACAGCAGAUGCAGUUAGAGCUGCCAAUUUAAUUGAUACACAAGCUAAAACUUUACAUUUGAAUUUUGAUCCAAAUAUUUCAGAAUCAAGUUUAUCUUCAAAUAGUAUGAAUUCAUCACCUCCAUUAUAUCAUCAGCAAUCUAACCAACAACAUUUUAGAUCCUAUAUUAGCUCAGAUACUAUAAAUGGUACAGAAUCAACAAUGAACACAAGUAUCUUAUUUCCAAACUCAUAUGGUAGUAGUAGUUCAAGUACACUUAGACAAAGACCAAGGUAUAGUAAAACGAGAAAUUCGUUUAGUAAUCCGUUCUUACUGACGGCAGAAGCUGAUGAACAAGCGCUCAUUGCUGAUGAAGAAGAAUAUGACGACGACGAACUCAUUAUGGAAGUACCGGAUGAUGAGAAUGAUGAUGAUGAAGACUUGAUAAUCUUGGAAGAAAGGGAUCUUGUCCCCAAAACAAAGAGAUACAAUAGUGAUUCACUGUUAAUUUUUGAUCAAGAUGCUCUUGUCGCUUACAAUAUGUUUAACGUCAACAAUUCAUUAAAUCAACAACAAAGUUGGUAUGAAACAACUAGUACUAUUCCAAUAAAAAAACAAAGAACCAAUUCAUUACCUCAAUUACCACAAGUUAAAUGCUUUUAUAAUAAGAUACCCAACAAUUACAUUCUACAAACCCCCAAAUUGGGGAAUAUUAAAACAAACAUUAUACCCCACCAAUCAAACUUACCUCCGUGUGAUGAUGAAAAUGGUCAUUAUAUAAUCAAGGUGAAUGAACCUUUUGCUAAUCGGUUUAUUAUAAUUAAAUUAUUAGGACAAGGCACAUUUGGUAAAGUUGUCCAAUGUUAUGAUAAAGUAAAUCGUGAACAUGUUGCAAUCAAAAUUAUUCGUAAUAUUCAGAAAUAUCGAGAUGCAGCAAAAAUUGAAUUACGUAUCUUGUCAACUUUGAAAAAAUUCGAUAACAAAAACAUAAAUCAUUGUAUUCAUUUACGCGAAUGUUUUGAUUUCAGAGGUCAUAUUUGUAUCGUUACUGAUUUAUUAAAGAUUUCAUUAUACGAUUUUUUGGAAAAUAAUAAAUUCAUAUCAUUCCCCGGUAGUCAUAUUCAAGCAAUAUCUAAACAAUUGAUACGAUCUGUCACAUUUUUACAUGAUUUAAAUCUAAUUCAUACUGAUUUGAAACCCGAAAAUAUAUUAUUACAUGAUGAUUCAUUUGUCAGGAAAACUCUCAUAAGUUCAACCAUAAUUGCUUCAUUCAUCAACCUUGGGUCCCAUUCAAAUAAAAAAGUUCCUAAAUAUCUGAAAAUCUUGAAAAAUCCAUUAAUCCAAAUUAUUGACUUUGGAAGUGCCAUAUUUAAUGAUGAAUAUCAUUCUUCCAUAGUUUCAACUAGACAUUAUCGUGCACCUGAAAUUGUGUUGGGAACUGGCUGGUCAUUCCCUUGUGAUAUGUGGUCAGUUGGGUGUAUUUUGGUUGAAUUAUUGAUUGGAGAACCAUUAUUUAAAACUCAUGAUAAUUUGGAACAUUUGGCCAUGAUUGAAAAAGUAUGCGGUUAUAGAAUAGAUAAAUCAAUGGUUAAACUAUCUAAAGAGAAAGAAAAUGAAUGCGGAUUAGAAUAUUUCACUAAAGAAUUCGUGACGGAUGAUGACGAAGAUGAUGACGAAAAUAGUAGCGAAAGUGAUGAAGAUGACGACGAUGAUUUAAUAAUAGAUAAUGAAACAACUUAUGAAAACUCCUUAACAUUGAUCUUCCCCAGUAAUACCACUCCACAAAAGUUUAUUAAUUCGGUUCAAGAAUUAUCAAGAAUAGAUUUGUUUAUAAGUUCGCGAUUAGGUCUUGAUAUAAAUUUCGAUUAUUCAUUGUCAAUGAAUUAUGAAAAGAAUAAACAUAUAAUAAACUUUGGGAAUUUUACAUUUUGGUGGUUUUUCAUUGAUUUAUUAAAAAAAUUAUUUGUCAUUAAUCCGGAAGACAGAAUGACUGCCAUUGAUGCAUUAAAUCAUCCAUGGUUUAACUUGGGUAUUGAAGAUGAGGGAACUUUAUAA